AAAUGGAAGCAUUUUCGUGAUCACAAUCUCAUCAUCGUUCUUUUGUGUGGCAUACAAUGAGAUAACACCAAUCCCCACCCCACACAAAAACCAGACACACCACCACCAUUCCACUCCUACACCACCACACUCACACCCCCAAAACAGCCCCUAUGGCCAACAUGAUCAUGGCCUCCUCCAAAACCUUAAUCCCCCCUCCCUCCCCCACCCCUACCUCUAAACCCAAAUUCCAAUUCCCCCAAAUCUCCUUCUCCAAAUUCCCCAAACCCCAAAUCCCCAAACUACCCCUCUCCUCCCUCGCCGCUGUCGCCGCCGCCUCCCUCGCCUCCGCUCCCCCCUCCCUCGCCGAAGAAUUCGAGAAGGCCGCCCUCUUCGACUUCGACCUCACCCUCCCCAUCAUCAUGGCCGAGUUCCUCUUCCUCAUGUUCGCCCUCGACAAGAUCUACUACAGCCCCCUGGGGAACUUCAUGGACGAAAGGGACGCGGAGAUCAAGGAGAAGCUUGCCAGCGUGAAGGACGCGUCGGAGGAGCUGAAGCAGCUGGAGGACCAGGCGACGGCGGUGAUGAGGGCCGCGAGGGCGGAGGUCGCGGCCGCGCUGAACAAGGCCCAGAAGGAGGCCCAGGAGGAGCUGGAGGUCAAGCUGGGCGAAGGGAAGGCGAAGGUGGAGAAGGAGCUGGAGGAGGCCCUGGUUAAGUUGGAGGCGCAGAAGGAGGAGACCAUUAAGGCUCUUGAUUCCCAGAUCAAGGCGCUCAGUGAGGAUAUUGUCAAGAAGGUCCUCCCUGUCUAAUCUCUCUCUCUCUCUCUCUCUCUCUCUCUCUCUCUCUAAUUGUUGUGUCUUAGUUCUGGUGUAAAAUGUUUUAUAGAUGGGCUGAUAUUGUGUUCUUGAGAUGCAUUCUUGUAAUCGAGAUUAAAUAAAUUGAAAAUACUACUUUGGAUGCUGCCA